AUGAAAGUAUUUUCUAUUGCAGCACUAUCCACGCUUUCCAUCGCUUCUGUGUGGGCAGGCAUGGAUUGCGAAAAGACGUCCGGGCCUAUGUCGCUCCAAUAUACCGAAAUCGGAUGGGGAACCAAGUACUCCAACCACACAGGGCUCGCAAAGAAGGGUUCUGAAUCGAAUGCUUUCCUACGAAUCCAAGAUGAAUCGUCUCAUGAACAGUUCGAGUUCUUUGAAUGCAAAUCGCCGCCCGAAGGCUUUGAGACGUCGCCCGCUGAUGCCAAAUACGGCCAAAUCCGCAGUGCGAAGGAUCACAGUCUGUGCUUGACUGUGCAGGGAAUCGACAACCGCCCAGUGUAUGGUUACGGUGACAAGGAAAAAGGAACCAAGCGAGAAUACGAUCGCAAGAAUGGGUAUCUGACGCUUGAAGCAUGCUCACCGCACCCGAGGCGGCAAUGGUGGAGUGACAACAUCAGUUAUGUGGGGAUGAAGAAGGACUAUAAGCGGAACCACUGCUCCGUGGAUGAUGAUGGAAGACUCCUGAUGUACCGCAACCAUGCAGCUAGCAUGAUGCCACACGACGGUGACAGCUUUGGUGGAUUUCUUACGUGGGAGUCCCAGGAAGAGUAG